AUGGAGUCAAAUCAGUCCCUUCCCAGCCCUUCCGUUGGAGCGACAUCCAGGUUCGCCCCUCGUCGCUCAGGCUCAACGCCGCUUCAGCGGGACAAUCCUUCUGAAAUCCCUGGAGGCGAUAUAUACCGUGGCGCACUCCCCCAACUCCCAGAAGCGAUGGUACGCGUCCGUUCGCCUAACGUAGCCUCGAGCGGGCAUUCGUCCUCUUCAUCCGCGUCCACCGGAUUAGUGGCAAGAGCAAUCGCUGCCGUUGUGGAGCUUGCAAUCUCUCGUUGGGCCCGACCAUCUGCCUCCACAUCUAGCUCAUCCUCUACCACUUCUUCUACACUCUCAACCACCACGCGGAGGCCUCCUAGACGACGUCGUCGUUCCAGUACCGGCGCCUCUACCGUUAACAUCGAUCCAGAACAGCGCGCACUCGCACGCCAAGCCCUUGAGAACGUUCGACGGAUCCCGCGGGAAUUCAGCCUGCUUCUACCGACGGCUCCCGGAGUACCGUCUCAAGAUAUAUUGUCCUCAGUUCCCGGUAGCCAUCUAGCGCCUCAGCAAGACUCUGCUUCUCAGCUGAUUGAAACGACCUCGCUACCCCUUAUAUUGUCCAGUAUCGAGCAGGCUCUCCGUGAUACUAAUAGCCUUCGCCGUGAGCAGCACAAGUCCUUUAGAACGAAAUUUUGCCUCCAUCGAGCCAAGCCUACACGUGCAAAUUCCCUGCCGGCAGCCAUUGUGCAGUCUCCUGCCGAAUCUUCCCACGGAUGUGGAGAAAAGGCAUCUGAGGGCGGAGCUACGUCGCCACUGGUCAGCUCACGAAGCUCAGUGCCCCCAGUAACCGUGGCCCUAACUAAGUCAAUGUCGCCCGCGUCAACGGAUCCAGUGCCCGCGGUGAAGAGCGAAGGACGUCACGCUGAGAAGCCCUCGUCGAAACGUCACCAUUCUAGGCCCCUCAUUCGUGCGGGUAUCGGGACGGAUAACUUUUUGAACCCGAAUCGAGGCAUUCGAAGACCUGCCACAGGGAAUCGCUCCAGCAGCACUCCACAUCUACAACCAGAAGUCGACUCGAUUAAUUCAUGGCAGCAAGCAUGGUGGCUCGAUGUGGCAUCUCCUACUUGGGAAGAUAUGCGUAUGCUUGGCACACUGCUUCAUCUGCACCCACUUACAUUAGAAGAUAUUUUGCAGCAAGACCCACGGGAAAAAGUGGAGUUUUUCCCUCGCUUGGGUUAUUAUUUCGUUGUUAUUCGUUGCCUAGAUUUAAAUAAGUAUCUGGCUGAGAGGGAUCGUGAACCAUUAGGCGAUGGUGGUCAACCUCAAUACGAGGAGGAUAUUCCUAAUGUGACAAAUGCUUAUAUCACCGUCUUUAGAGAAGGGAUUUGUUCGUUCCAUUUUUCGGAUUUGUCGGAACAUGUCAAUAGAGUUAGAAAUAAAAUUUUACACAUGGAUACCACAAUCAUGACAUCAGACCUUAUCGCCCAUGGCUUGAUGGAUUCCAUUGUUGAUGCUUUCAUUCCUGUCAUCAAGCGCAUGGGCUCUGAGGUGGAAAAUGUCGAUAGGCUUGUCGCCAGAGUGCAAGAUGAGGAUCAAGUGCUUCGUGACUGGAAAACUGCACUUCAACCCGCCGAGGUUACACAACAAGUUGCAACUCCGCCUCGUGAGGCUGAGCCCGAAGCGAUUGAGGUCUUUGAUUUUAACGAGAAAAGGACGGAGUCACUUUCAACACCAUCCACUUCUCAACCUCCUCAUCCCGCUUGGGAUCGUGCAUGGCGGCGUUUGUCCACAAUAAUGAAAUAUCUGUUUCGCCAUGUCAGCUGUUACGUCGCCUCUUUUGGGACCGCUUGUGUGCACAGGAUCCAGAAACUUUGGCGGAGGCUUGUUUCUGCACACAUGACUGGUCGGCCAAAGGGGCGUGCUGUCAAGUUGGCGAGAACAAAGACCCUCACAAGGAUGUCUCAGACUAGGCGGACCGUGACGUUCCUCAUAAAGCUCCUUGCCCCGAAGAUCGAGGCACUUGGGAUACUGAGGACAAGGCUCAAGGCUGUCGCAGAAUUAGGAGCGCACUUAGACGACGUCCAAGACCAUCUCUUGACAAUGCAACAGUCUUUGGUGUAUUACGAAAGAGUAUUGACCCACUCUCAGCCAACAUACCUCUUGGGACUUCGAGUGAGCCUUGCUCAGGCUACGAAUCGAGCAGAUACGACACUCUGGAAGCUUAGUGUUCUCCUGACAGCGGAUUACGGCAUGCAGGUAGUCAUUGGUGCGUCUCCCUCCCUAAGUAUGAGCGAUUGA